AGCAAGUCGGGAUUAGAUUGUGAAGGUUAUGAUAUCGAGUUAUGCUGGGUCACGGGUAGAGAGAACGUGCCACCUUCUGCGAUAAAGCGCAAAGCAAUGCGACAGGAAGCUUCACCUCUUCUGUUCUCCCCUCUGGACAAAGUCGACCAGAUGCUCAUCGACUUGGAUCAGCUAAAUCCCCUCGUCAACUCGGAAGUUCUGUCCUUGGGGCCCUUUUCUGUUUUUAACUCACAGACUUAUUCACUUGAAGAAUCACUGGUCGAAUCCUGUGCUAGAGAGCCCGCUAGUCUUCCAGAAUGCCUAAGCUCUCUACAAGAGCUUGGGACUCAGGAGCGGAGUGGUGUAGAACCGCCUUCGCCUUUUCUAUCUCGAAGGCUAGGAUCAAGUAUUUAUCGAGAUCCUGUCGCAGGAAUGCUGAUGGACAACUAUGUCCAUAACGUCGCGAAUCUGCUCCAGCCCAUCUUCCAUCCUCAUAAUCCGUACAGCUCGGUCUACGUACCCGCUGCUAUCCGAGGUUCUGUGGAUUUACUGUUUGGUGUAGGAAGUAUAGGCGCUGUGCCACCCAGCUACGUCGCGAUCUCCUACUCUCUUUUGGCGGCGUCGGCGUUCCAUUUACGCGGUCCUGUGGAUUGCGGAAGCCAACUAGACAAACUUGGCAUGAAAUUCCGCACAAACGCAUUUCGAUAUGUGCGGGAAGCACUCCAACUCCAGAAAUCGCCAGCAACAGUAUCAUUUCCAGAACAUCUGUACCCGGAUGUAACAAUGGCAGCGAUACUGACAUUAAUCACAACAGACGUCAUAGAGGGUAGGAUGGCUGAAUAUUGGAUCCAUCUAGAUGGCUGCGACCAACUCCUAAGAAAGCGAAAUUACGGCGAGUCAAGCAGACAACUGAAGACAAUAUACUCCUUUCUUGUUACAUUAUCCAACACAACGCUCUACGAUCUUCCCAGUUUACCUUGGUCAGAAGACGAAUGCAACUUCAAUAUGCUCCCCGCACUUUCAACCAUUCCCAAUGAUUCCAGCCUUGAAUUCACUUAUGGUAUUACGUCGACGCUGGCUACUAUGAUGUCCCUUACCACAAAACUCUCGCAGCAUAUAUUAUUCUAUGCGUCGCGCAAUCAACCCCUCCCACACACUCUCGAAGCUGCGUGUGAAAUACUCGGAAAACAUAUUUCAGAAUGGUCAAUAUCGUCUGAGCCGUUAUCGUCCAUCGACUCGUCUGAUCCUGUUACGCUGUCCGUGGCAAAACUCCACAUUCUCGCCUUUGGUCACGCCUUGAACGUCUAUUAUCAUACUCGCAUCCGACUUUGUGAGCCCCAUACGAUGGCAUUUUAUGUGAAUGCAGUUGCGGAAGAUCUUCAGUCUAUUGAGGCGUUUAGAAAAUUGCAAGAUCAUCGCGGGCCUGUGUCUGCAUCGGUAAUGUGGCCAGGAUUUAUUGCAGCCUGCGAGGCCACGCCUUCCCGACGAAGUGUGUGGCAAGCAUGGUGGGCCGAUAUGCUAACAUAUAGGAUUGGGAAUAUCCCGCAUCUGUGGCAGGUGGUGCAAGACGUCUGGGCCGCAAGAGAUGCGGGAGAUAUGGAGACACCUGGUUAUAUCGGAGUGCUACGCAGGCAAGGGAAGAAAGUUCUAGCUGUGUAACGUGGUACUUUAACAGUCAUAUUUUGCAAUAUAUUCGGGUCUAGUUAAGAACCAUUAUAUCUAUAUAUUGCUAGCUUACUAUGGAGUCGAAGAGCCUCCGAGUUCUGCGCUGGUGCGAACGUAUUUUCUGUGGGAGAUACGGAAUUUCGGAACAAUUUCGAACUAGCUUAAUGUUGUCGCAGCAUAUCGCUGAUAACAUACCUAAGCCUUUGUAUGCCUUCAGUCAAUAGACUCUCGUCUUCCCACGCAAAGCAAAUUCUAAUUUCCCGGUCACAUUUCAUGCUCAUUUCAUCCCCAUAGACUUCAAAUAAAGAUCCCUGUGCCACUGAUACACCUGCAAGAUCCAUCGCUCGUACAGCGAAUUCCGCAGAUGUUAAUGGGGAUGGUAGUUCUAUCCAGAGGAAAUAACCACCGCCAUCACCCGCCGCUUUCGAG